AUGUCUCCUGCAUUGGCAGACUCCAGACAGGUAUGCGCGGUGCCUUUGGAAAGCCCCAGGGCACAGUGGCCAGGGUCCACAUUGGCCAGGUCAUAAUGUCCAUCCACACCAAGCUGCAGAACAAGGAGCAUGUGAUUGAAGCCCUCCUCCAGGCCAAGUUCAAGUUCCCUGGAUGUCAGAAGAUCCACAUCUCCAAGAAGUGGGGAUUUACCAAGUUCAGUGCGGAUGAAUUUGAGAACAUGGUGGCAGAAAAGCGACUCAUCCCGGACGGCUGUGGGGUCAAAUACAUCCCUAAUCGUGGUCCCCUGGACAAAUGGCGGGCCCUGCACUCAUGAGCAUCAGCCCUGUUCCCUCCUUAAUCACGCUCACCAAUAAAUGCUAUUUCCUGUCCAAAAAAAAAAAAAAAAAA